AUGUCCGGUAAUAAAGAAACCAAGCUUGUGGAGGAUUAUAGUAAACAUGACGAGUGUUUCGAAGAUCCUCCGCCUGCAUACUCAUCAGCGCGCAAUUCGUGUGUUUCGUCCGAAAUCUCGCUGUUCACGAUUGAGCCGGACUUUGCUCCUGAAUUCACGAACGAUUCUCGCGACUUAGAAAACUAUUGUGCUGCUGCUGAUGAGAAAUUUAGUCUCAACCCAGACCUUGCAGCACGGACAUCUGCUUUUAUUCAGGCCUUUAUGCGACCAAAAGCGCAGGCACGAUUAGUGAGCGUGGGCUUAGACGAAAAGGAGCCUCAACAUACUGGCCAGAUUACCCAGACACGGGAGAAUGUCACGCUUCCACCUUUGGACAUCGUGCUGAUGGUUGUUGAAGAGAGCAUAAGACCUUUUCUAGCUGUGGCAAAGCAACUUUCAGGAGACUCGCAUCGAGUUCGGAUUGCUGCGGCUGCAUCUUGCGAAUACCUGGUCAGAAAUCAGGGUCUUGAUUUCUUCGCCAUAACUUAUGACCACGAGCUACCCCUAUCCAUGCAUAACAUGGGUGAUGCCCAUCCUUCAGAUGAAGCUCAGGCUCGGCUUCAAUAUCUGAGGAGAGUUCAGCAAUCAUAUUAUGAGGUCUACCACCGAUGCUGGAGGGCUUGCAUUGCUCCUUACAAGGGGGACUGCCGACCGUUUCUAGCAGACGCAAUUAUUGCAAAUCCUAUGGCUCGUGCCCACAUCCAUUGUGCUGAACGACUUUCAAUCCCUCUUCAUAUCAUGUCCGCCUUGCCUCAAACCCCGACAAGAGCAUUUGCACAUCCACAUGCCCGGAUAAACCCAUACGAUGGCGUCGACCAAUCUACUUCAAACGUGCUUUCUUAUGCGUUAGUUGAGGAAUCGACGUGGAAUGUUAUACUCAAGCCCAUCAACAAGUUUCGACAACAGAUUCUGGGCUUGAUGAGCAUAUCUCCGGUUACAGCGGGAAGGCUCAUGGCUGAUCACGAACUUCCUCACACGUAUUUCUGUUCAAAGGUUUUAGUUCCGCGGCCAAAUGACUGGAGCAGUAACCACGAGAUUUCGGGUUACUUAUUCGAGCAACGUGAUCUUUCUUUCACACCAAGAAAAGACCUGGAACAUUUUCUAGUCUCGGGCCCCGCGCCUAUUUUUCUGAUGCUACCAGAGAAUAGCAUGAAGGAUAUAUACCGUCUGGCGCUGAUAAUCCAAGAUGCUAUUUUGAAGAAGGGAUACCGUGUCCUACUUUCCAGGGACUGUAGACGCCUUGGUGAGCUAUUGAACAGUACCAACGUGCUCAUCAUUGAGUCUGUUCCGCUUGAGUGGUUACUUCCGAGAGUGGCUCUUGUAAUACACAAUGGAAGCCCAUCCAGCACACAAUUGGCUCUACAGUACGGAAAGCCAAGUGUGAUCAUCGCCACAACAGAAAAUCAUCUGUCAACUGCACAUACAAUUGCCAAAAUCGGAGCCGGCGCUUCGCCACUGAUGAGCAGAACGCUUACCUCUGAAGGCCUGGCGCAGGCAAUAGCAUUUGGUCUCCGUACAGAUGUUCAACAGUCAACUCAAGCCAUUAAGCGACAGGUAGAUGAAGAGGCAGGACUUGAGAAUGCUAUUCGAUUCUUUUAUCGCUCUUUGCCUUCUCAAGUACAGACAUGCGGUAUCACCAAACACGAUCUAGCCAUGUACCAGAUUUGGAACAGGCCAUCGCUCGUGAUAUCAUCCGAGGCAGCUGCAGUUCUAGUACAGGAGAGCCGGAUCAAAAUCACUGAUAUCGUGCUGAUCAACCGUUGCAUCUACAAAUUACAAGCCGAGAGCUCCGCCUCUUAUGAUGGUACAGCUAAGGAAUACUGGAAUGGAUUCACCAAUGCGGCAAAGGAUAUAGUAACCGCUUCGGACCUUGUUAGCAUGAUUUCAGGUCGUCAAAAGGAUAACUCGACGGACGAGGAGAGGAAAGUUAAACGGAGUGUCGCUCGUGACGUUGGUGUUGGGACCGCAAAAUUCUUUGGACACAUUGCCUUGUUGCCAUUCACGAGCACUGCACUAGUAGUGAACACCGUCACAUACGGAGUCAAAAGCGUCAAGAAGCACCAGGCGCAAGGCGAGAAACGCGAAGAAACGGAUGUCGCGGCUACUUAUGAUAUCGCUGGCGAUGAUGAAUGUGAUGCAGCUGCUUCCAAAUACCCUACCUUUGGCCCUUCGCGAGAAGGGGCGGAUCCAGCAAAACAGGCAUGGCAGAGAGGUUCCUCGCACAUUGGCAUCACGGCAGGUUCAAGCGCGACCCCGACAGCGAACCAAAUACAGCUCAAGAAUGAGGAGCACGUUGAAGCUAUUUGCCGGCGACAUCUGGACCGUGGUUUUAAGAGUCCUAAGGUAGCUGAUACAGCAUUCAGAGAGAGGGUUCUUUCUGCCUUUGAAAACGGAGUCAUGUAA